AUGCUUCUACAAUCCCUUCUUUUUCUUGCUCUUUCGUCUGGCCCUUUCUGUCUCGCCCAAGAUGCCUCUCCUACUGUUACCGGAACAGUUCCUGACGGUGCUGGCGUCUUGGCCGCAAUCCCCACGGCGUCCGGCCAAGUUGGCAUAACUCCCGGCGAUAUUCCUGAGGAGGACCAGCUGGCCGCACCUGUUGGAGUUGAUACGGACUUUCUUGAGGAGGUAGUGACAGGUGAUAGCACAAGCACGAAUUGGAUUGGAACUACUUCAGACUUCGGUACUGCAACCAUCACCACUACACAGGACGGACAGACUGGGGAGACAACCAUCCCCCAAGGUCUACGUCUGGUCCUCAACGACCAAGGGGAGAUAGAGAUCACCAUUAGUCAGCUCGUCCAGGACGAGUUGAACAGGAUAGAAGACGAGAUCAAGGUGCCAAGGUGCGAAUCACUGCAAAAGCGGAACCUUGACAAGCGUGACGAGCUUGAAUGCUCAGGCAGACGCAUCGUCCCCAUCAUUGGUGGCGUCAUCGGCAGCGACCUUAUGAUGAAGCAGAUGAACUACGCCGAGGAAAAGACCCUAGAGUACAUGAAGCUCAGCACGACCUACCUGGAUGAGAAGGACCUGAUGAUAUCAUACUUUGACGGGGAACUGACCCACGACGCUCUCAAUGCCACCGAGGCGGGAAACCCUGAGCUAUUCGGCACGAUGCCUGACAGAUUCGGGGGUGCGGCCGCCUCUUUCGGCCUGUUUACUGGCAUGCAUGGCGAUGCCGACACCCUACACAAGGUCAAGGCGAGGGUGCGACUUAUUCCCAAAUAUCCCCUUCCAUCCCCGUCUGAAAAGUGCGAAAAGGAUCUCGCCUGCGCGGGCGUGCGCUGCAAGGGUUCAGUCGGCGUAUGCACCAACGAAUGGAAGGGCUGCCCAUGUCGACGAUCCGGCAACGCGAUCGUGGAUCCUUUCUUCUGGGGUUCGAACUGGGUGUGGUUCAUCAGGAAGUUUUCUCAGUUCGAAGAGGGCGAGGAAGUCCCUGCUGCUUCCUGCAGCGCCAAUGAUGGGGCUGGCAACAAUAACGUUGCCAACGUGGAAGCCAAGACUUGGACACAGUAUGAUCCCCCUCUGAUCCCUCUGUUUUUCUCCACUAACUGGAAUAGACUGAUAGAUAACUUCUGCAAGAAGAAGCCCAACUUGAGUGGCUCUUUCAGCGAAAAUUGGAAGCCGGCCGAUUUGGAUGUCAGUGAAUCUUCCGACUGGACAUUUGACUUCAGCCUCGAGGCGUCAGGGGAUGGCGCCUGUGCCGUCUACAGCUGCGACGAAGUCUUUGGCAAGUUCAAAUCAUGCACCUACAACUCCCACAGCUCAUUCCGCUCGGGCGAGGUGAAGCUCGACUGCGGCACAGCCAGGUACAAGAUGAACGACCCCCGAGGCUCGCCAAAGACAAAACUGGUCAAGCAGAACGAGCAGUGCUACGACAGAGACCAAUUUGGCAAGCACAUUGACGUCGAGCAAAGCACGCUCAGGUGGCAGGCCGGUUUCCUAUGCACGUUGGGAAUAAGCAAGCCGAGGAUCAAGGCCGGAGACUCGAGUACCAACCAGGAUUGGUACCAGGUGAAGCCCUAUCAGUUCAACACGUACUGGAGGAACGGCUGCGAGCUCGAGACGGGCGAAACUGAGAUGGGCAUCUUGGAUCCGCUUGCUACGGGAACCGCCAGCGUGGACACUUGCGUCGAAAUCUUUUAUGAUAACUGGAAUAGGUGCAACAAUGGAGGCACGGGUGGGAGUGUGCAGUAUGGGUGUCUGGUGUAUGAGUUCAAGGCAACCAACGAGAAGGCUUGA